ACGUACAUACACGGCAGUGCUCGUCUGUUUGACGGCAAACAAGAGAGCAUGGCUACAAGCAAGAAGGCACAUUUUGGUCUGAGCAGGAAACGAUGGUAAUGUUAGGCAUUCUGAAAGAAAUUGAUAUUAUGGAGUGCCUUGAAAGUCGUAAGAACAGGAAUGGUGACAUCUUUAAAAGAGUCGCAGAAAGAAUGGGGGAGGAAGGUUACAUAGGUUCGGCUGAACAAGUGCACACCCACUGGAAAAUCCUAAAAAGUUGUUACUAUGUGGUGAAAAAACAGAACACCACCAGUGGUUCUAAUCCUUCUUCUUUCCCAUAUUUUGAAAGUAUGCAUGAAAUACAUGGUCAUCGACCUUUGUCCAACAUAUUCGAGAAUGGAGUGGACAUUGGGUUUGACGGGGAUGAGGAUGCAGUGGAACACUCAAAUGCAACGGACGAGAGUAUAGUUGGUGAUGAAGUGAGUUCUCUAGCUGGCCAGGAGGAAAUGAACGAGGAUGCAGAUGAAGAUAACGCAUCAUCAGCUGAUACGUCUGGUACUCAAGAGGACAGCUUUUCAGCCACGACACUAGAUGUCGACCCACCCAGGACAAAAGGUUACUCUCGAAGAAAGAAGCCUGCGAGAUGCACUGUGAUCUCUCAGCAUCAGCAGUUCAUGAUACAGAUGAUGAGGCAACAAAAUGAAUGGGUUCAAGACCAAAUCCAGCAAUAG